AUGGUGGGUAUUUUGUCCAAGACACUAUCUGAGGUGCAUCCUACCUUGUUGACCAAUGGUAUGGGUAUUACCAAUACUCAUAGAAGGAUUUCAUUAGGCUUCUUUCCACCGAACCGUAAAAACCCGUUAGUUAGGAAAUACAGAAGGAAAAGGGCUAACCUCAAUACUAAUGACCAGCGCAGCUUUCAAUCGUUAGUUGAUGAUUUUGGUAGCUCAGUUCAUGAACCUUCCCAAUUCCUUAAUUACAUCAAUGAAGAUGAAGAAGAUCUUUAUUACAACGAUAUAGAAGAAGGCGGCGAACUAAGCAGGACCGUAUCCCUACCAUCAUUGGUUUCUGAGACGCCUGAUCUGUCACCACCCGAUACAGAUUGGAUUAUUCAGGAACAUGAGAGAAGGUAUUCCUCUGUCUAUAAUUCUGACAAUGAAAAUGACUUAGCAGAUGAGCCCGUCAGUAUUGGGGGAAGUAUGACAAAUAGAGAGCUUGAGUACGAUGAAUUUAUGAAUAGAAUUAAAGCGCAAAAGCAAGUUUACGAUUCUAUAGCUAGCCACAAAUAUAGAAGGCGACCAUCUCUCAUUUCCGUAAGUAGUAGAGGUACUGUUCCCACAAUUUAUCAAGAAAUUAAUGGGACAGAUGGUGCGGACGUUUGUCUCCCUGAAAAGAUAACCUUUAGAGAGGAAGCUAAGGUUUUGAGUUCCUUUUCUUUCCCAUUGAUAUUCACAUUCUUAUUAGAACAAAUUUUUCCAAUGGUUUGUUCAUUAACUGUCGGACAUUUAGGUAAAAACCAACUUGCCGCUGUUUCUUUGGCAUCUAUGACCUCUAACAUUACCUUAGCAGUAUUUGAAGGUAUUGCGACAAGUCUGGAUACAUUGUGCCCCCAAGCUUAUGGAGCAGGCAGAUAUUAUAGCGUCGGAAUACAUUUUCAGAGAUGUGUUCUAUUUUCUUUCAUAAUAUUCCUACCAUUUGCUCUUUUCUGGUUUUUCUCGGAGCCAAUAUUAUUUUUGGUAGUCCCAGAGAAAGAGUUAAUUGCAUUGACUUCUCAAUUUCUAAGAGUUUUAAUCUUUGGUGCUCCCGCAUAUAUUUUAUUCGAGAACUUGAAAAGAUUUCUUCAAGCACAAGGAAUCUUUGAUGCUGGCAUUUACGUUCUUACAAUAUGUGCACCACUUAAUAUAUUCGUUAGUUAUACCUUGGUUUGGAAUAAAUAUAUUGGAAUAGGAUUCAUCGGUUCCGCGGUUGCAGUUGUGAUAAAUUUUUGGCUAAUGUUCAUUCUAUUAUUGUUAUACACAAUCUACAUUGAUGGUAAGAAAUGCUGGGGUGGCUUCUCAAAGAAAGCAUUCACACAUUGGAAAGAUUUGGGACAUUUAGCAUUUUCAGGAAUUAUCAUGCUAGAGGCUGAAGAAUUAUCCUACGAAAUUCUAACAUUGUUUAGUGCCUAUUUUGGUACUAGUUACCUUGCCGCUCAAUCUGCUGUAUCUACAAUGGCCGCAUUAUUGUAUAUGGUACCAUUUGCUAUAGGAAUUUCUGCAUCAACACGUAUUGCUAACUUUAUUGGGGCUAAAAGGGUUGAUCUUGCACACAAUGCAUCUGAGGUUGGCCUUGUGUUUUCUUUUGGUGCUGGCUUAACAAAUUGCUGUGUUCUCUUUUUUGGUAGAAACAUAAUUGCACAUGUGUUCUCUAGGGAUGAUGAAGUUAUUGAUUUAAUGACUGGAUUGCUUAGAUUAGUGGCAGUAGUUCAAAUCUUUGAUUCCCUAAAUGCUGUAGCUGGGUCUUGCUUAAGAGGACAAGGAAUGCAGAGCUUAGGAAGUAUUGUGAACUUACUAGGUUACUACCUGUUUGGAAUACCAUUAGCAUUGAUAUUAGGAUGGGUAUUCAACAUGAAAUUGUAUGGACUCUGGAUUGGGAUUGGAUGUGCGAUGCUGUUGAUUGGAUUAAUUGAGGCAUACAAUGUUCUGUAUCCAAACUGGGACUACAUCUUAAAUUAUGCUGAGAUCUUAAAAGAAACGGAGGAAGAUGAUGAUGAUGACAGCUACUUUACUGACUCUGAUGAUAACGAUGAAGAACCUACUGAGAGAAGCCCUUUAUUAGACUAA